AUGGAGUCAUAUUUAUUUAAUAAACAACUGUUUCCACCUACUGGUGUAGAACACUGUAUACGAGCUAAACUUAUAGAUGAUAAUGCAGUUAAUCUAGUCAUUGCAAAGACAUCGUUAUUACAGGUUUAUACAAUUAGAUAUGAUCGUAUAGAACAACAACAACAACAACAGCAACAAACAAAUGAACAACAAUCACAACAAGACACAUUAAAACCAUGGUUAGAAUUAAAUUUAGAGUUACAAUUGUUUAGUAUUAUUGAAUCGUUGAAUUGCGUUAGAUUGCCAGGCGAUGACAUCGACUCGUUGAUACUCUCGUUCAGAGAUGCAAAGGUGUCGAUCGUCAAGUACAACAAAGCAACAGAGAAACUAGACAUUCGUUCGCUCCACUACUUUGAGGGCAACUCAGAGUUGAAAGGCGGUCGAAAGACCUUUAGAACACCACCACUCAUUCGUGUCGACUACCAACAACGAUGUGCAGUAAUGUUGCUAUACGAUCGUCAUCUUGCAGUUCUACCAUUUCCAAGAUCAUUCUCAAUAUUAGAUGAUGAAGAAGAAGAAGAGGAAGAAGAAGCGGCAGUAGUAGCAGAUCAACAACAACAACAUGAUGAAAAUGAACAACAACAACCACAAGAUGAUCAACAACAACAACAAACAUCAGAGAAAAACAAAAAGAAGAAACAAUCGGAAUCAUAUGUAAUCUCACUCAAUUCGCUGGGCAUUGAAAAUGUUAAAGACUUUUGUUUCCUUCAUACCUAUUAUGAACCGACGCUGCUGUUCUUGCAUGAACCCUCGCAGACUUGGACCAGUCGUAUCAGUAGCAAGAAGUUUACGAAUGUGCUGACUGCAGUGUCGUUGAAUAUCGCUCAGCGACAACAGCCUGUGAUUUGGUCGAUCGAGCAUCUGCCGUACAACUGCGAGCGACUCGUUCCCGUACCAGACCCACUCGGUGGUGCAAUGGUGCUGACACCCAACAUACUCUUUUACUUUAAUCAGUCGUCGCGAUACGGUUUGGAAUGCAACGAGUACGCACAGAUCGAUACAGGUGACCAAUUUCAAUUCCCAAUCGAUUCAUCCUCCACCAACUUGGUAUUCACACUGGACUGCGCUAAUUUUAUAUUCCUAGGUGACAGAUUACUUGGUUCAUUAAAGGGUGGUGAAUUAUUGAUAUUUCAUUUGAUAUCAGAUGGUAGAAACGUUCAAAGAAUUAGUAUAACAAAAGCUGGUGCAAGUGUAUUAUCUUCAACUAGUUGUGUCUUGACAGAUAAUCUAUUGUUUUUAGGAUCAAGAUUAGGUGAUUCUCUUUUAUUACAAUACACAGAAAAGAUUAUAGAUGUAGAUUCUUCAGAUAAUGUUGAGAAUUUAAGUAAUCCUUAUAAGAAGAAAAAGACAUCAGAGGUAUUUGAUUUGUUUGAUGAUGAAGAAAGAAAUUCAAAGACAGGCGCAUCGGAUGCCGAUGGAAAUGGACAAUCGCUAUUUGACGACGAAGAUGAUAUAUUCAAUGAUAAGAAGAAUCAGUUGAAAUCCUAUAGGUUGAACAUCUGCGAUCAUAUCACUAAUAUCGGUCCGGUAUCGGAUUUGAUUACCGGUGUCAGCUAUGACCAUGCGUCGGUAUCGAACGACGAGUCGUUUGAGCAGCGCAGUCUAGAGUUGGUGGCGUGCUCCGGUCACGGAAAGAACGGUGCACUCACAAUCCUUCAGUACGGUGUGCGACCAGAGCUGAACACCUCGUUCGAACUGCCGGGUGUGCGACAGUCGUGGACACUCUACUACGACGAUCCACUUGCCGCCAGCCAGUCGGGGUCGAGCGCAUCGAACGCCGCCGCGUCUGCCGCGUCAAAGAAACGACAACACGAGGAAGACUCCACUCUGGUGUUCCAAACCGGUGGACAACUCAAGGAGGUAGCCAAGUUUGACCACGCCACUAUCACUGUCGCCAACAUGUUUGGACGUCGACGUAUUGCGCUAGUACACCAGAAUGGAAUCAAACUGCUAAGCGGUCACUCCAACAUCACACAAGAGAUAAAGUUAAAGUCGGUCAAGAUGGCGUAUAUUGUCGAUCCCUACGUACUGAUACUUCACAAAGACGGCACCAUUUCGCUGUACCAAGGAAACACCGGAAUCACUCAAUUGCUUGAAUAUGAAUUGCCACAACCUAAAGAUGGUGUAAUGUCAUGUUCGAUGUUUCACGAUGUUAAAUCAUUCUUUUCAAUCAAUAAUAAUAGUCAUACAGAACAAAGCAAUAAUAAUAGUAGUAGUAGUACAUUCAACUUUGAUACUGACGAUGAAGAUGAUAAGGAUGGUGAUGUUAAAAUGAAUGAUAAAGAUCAAUCUUCAUCUUCAACUUCAACAAGUAGCUCCUCUACUACUUUACAACAACAGAAUGUUUAUUUAAUUAUUUUAACAAAGAAAUCAACGAUGGAAUUGUAUAGAUUGGAUACAAAAGAGCUUAUUAUAUCUGCAGCAAACGUAUCAAAGGAAUAUGAUAUAUUAGGUGUUGCUAGUCAUCAAUUCACAAUGAAUCAACAACAGUUACUUGCUCAACAAACUCAACAUCAUAAUAUUAAUAAUAAUACAAAUGGAAAUGGUGUAAAUCAACAACAAGAAACACAACCAAAGAUUGUAGAAAUAGUGAUACAUUAUCUACAUAAUUCACCACACUCAUCACCUUAUUUAAUGAUAUUAAAUGAAUUUGGUGAUAUACUUAUUUAUAAAGCGAUUAAAUAUAAAGAUUCAAUGGAUAAUACAAAAGAGUUGAUUAGAUUCAUAAAGCAUACAGAUCAGAAUCUUCAUUCAAAGCAGAGAGAGUAUAGCUAUGGGAUCGAUCCAUCAUCGGAAUCAUCGUUCUACAUCAGAAAGAUAGUUGCAUUCGAUAAUAUCGGUGGUCACAAAGGUGUUUUCAUGUGUGGUAAACGAUCGCUUUGGUUUUUCUGUGAGAAGAAUUACCUGAGAGCACAUCCAAUGAAUUUCAAAGAUCCAGUAACCUCAUUCACCUGCUUCCACAAUAUCAAUUGUUCAUAUGGAUUCAUUUAUUUCACUGAAAAGGGAGUUUUAAGAAUUAAUCAAUUAUCAAAUAUGAUGAACUUUGAAAAUGAAUGGGCAAUCAGAAAGAUACCUUUGAGAAUGACAUGUCAUAAGAUCAGUUUCCAUCAGGAGUUCAAGUGUUAUGUUUUGGUGAUUUCAUAUCCACAGGCACCUCAGAGCGAUGAAGAGGAAGAGGAGAAGGAAAAGAGUAAGAAACCGUUGAUCCUGGAGGAGAAGUUCCAAGUGAAAUUGAUCGAUCCCUCUAUGAAUUGGUCGAUUGUCGAUUCAUUCUCGAUGAGUGAAAAAGAGACGGUUCUCUGUGCCAAAAUCGUUCAUCUAAAGUAUGCCGAUGUCGACGGUAUCAAGCUGAAGCCGUACCUCUGUGUUGGCACUGCCUAUACCCACGGUGAAGACACAGUCUGUAAAGGUCGUAUAUUGGUAUUCGAAAUCAUUUCACAUCGUGAGGUGCAAGACGACACUGGCGAAGAGAAGAAGCGUCUCAAUCUGCUGUACGAGAAGGAUCAAAAGGGACCGGUUACCGCGUUGGCCGGACUCAAUGGAUUGCUACUAAUGUCGAUCGGACCCAAGUUGAUCGUAAACAACUUUAGUUCGGGUUCACUCGUUGGAAUUGCUUUCUAUGACACUCAGAUUUUCAUUGUUAGUUUGUCGACCGUCAAGAACUACAUUCUGGUCGGUGACAUGUACAAGUCGGUCAGUUUCUUCAAGCUGAAAGAUCAGAAACAAUUGAUUCUGCUCGGCAAAGACUAUGAGGAGAUGAACACUUUCUCCAAUCAAGUACACUUUUUAGUUCAUAACGGUGGCAAAGUCGAGACAGGUGAUGUUUCUGUUGGAUUGGUCGGUCAUGAGGAGGGUACCACGGUAGUUACCUCUUGGGGUGAUGAAUGGGAUGUUGAUGGUGGUUUGGAAAGUGAAUGGACCAGCGGCAACUGGGCAGCUAACAACAGAGCAGAUAUCGUUGUUGAAGGUUGGGAGACUUCUCCAGGCACCGGCAACGUAAGUACCGACGAGGUUGACGGUGGCACCUUGUCCGAUGACUGGGGGAUCUGGGGUGAGAGUCAAUGUAGUGAUGUCAAAGGUGGCGUCAAUGUUUCCUGGACAGUAAGACCAGAUGUCGGCGUAAACCAAACCCAAGCACAAGAAACUUAA